GAAAAGAACAAUCAACAGUCUGAAUUUACCACUGAAAACUUGUUAACCACUGUAACUGAUGUGUUUGGAGCGGGAACAGAGACAACAAGCACCACUAUGAGAUAUGGACUUUUGCUCCUGCUAAAGCAUACAGAUAUCACAGCUAAAGUCCAAGAAGAGAUUGACCAAGUGAUUGGCAGACACCGCAGCCCUUGCAUGCAGGACAGGAGCCGCAUGCCCUACACAGAGGCUGUGUUACACGAGAUCCAGAGAUACAUUGAUCUCAUCCCCACCAAUCUGCCCCAUGCAGUGACCUGUGAUGUUAAAUUUAGAAACUACUUCAUCCCCAAG